CCUCUGCCCUGCCCAGCCCCCAGUGAUAGCUGUCCUAUAAAAGGGCUGAGCUGCUCCACUCCCCUCACUGGGGGUGUGAGGAGCAGGGGGGACCAUGGACUUCGUCAGCAUCCAGCAGUUGGUAAGUGAUGAGAGAGUUGAAAGGAAAGGAUUGGGAUGUGGACACGGAGUUCUGGAUCCUGGAGGCGGGCCUCGAAACUGGAGGCUGGGGCCCCAGGAGGUCGAGGCCCAGGAGAGGCAGAAACUGGAGGAGGAGAAGAGGAAGAGACUUGAAAGAUUUAACAGUUCCAGAACUAACUUGGAGAACCUGGCUGACUUGGAGAACUUGGUUCAAAGACGGAGAGAGAAGCGACUGAAACGCAAAGUCCCCCCUAGGGCACCUGAGCCUGAGGUCAAGCCGCAGCCCCAGGCCCAGUUGGAGCCCGUGGACCUGGAGGUGUUUCUAAAGGCAGCUGCUGAGAACCAGGAGGCCCUGAUUGACAAGUACCUGACAGACGGAGGGGACCCCAAUGCUCACGACAAGCUCCACCGCACGGCCUUGCACUGGGCCUGUCUGAAGGGUCACAGCCAGCUAGUCAACAAGCUGUUGGAGGCGGGUGCCACCGUGGACGCUCGGGACUUGCUGGACAGGACCCCCGUGUUCUGGGCCUGCCGCAGAGGGCACCUGGACAUCCUCAAACACCUGCUUAACCGGGGCGCCCGGGUCAACGCCCGGGACAAGGUGAGGGGCACACACCCAGGGGUGGUCUGGGCCCUGGUCCCAGAGCUGGCGCUGGCCCCGAGCCGGCAGCUGCACCUGCACUGCUCCAUCCCCCUCAGGGGAAGACAGGAGCUGUGA